UAUACCCAUUAACUCAUUGUAAUAGUUUGGCACAAUACGCACGUCGAUUCACUAGCAGCGAGACUCUGUCAUGAUUUUAUAAUUCCGCGAGAAUUAUCCCAUUUGAUAAAUGGAUUGGAACACCUUGUCAUUCUAAUCUAUUCAGAGAAUAAGCUCGAGAUUAUUUGAGACAAUUUUAAGGUAUCAAUUUUGUGUUUACAAAGCUAUUUUGAAGAGGUUGAAUCCGUCCGGACGUCCGCAAGCGGAGCAGUCACCAUUGAUUACGCCGCAACCAACCCUGUAGACGUUCAUCAGUUUCGCUGGGUUGUCACGCAGUCUCUUACUCGAUAGGUCAAUCGUGAACAUUCACAUUGCUGUCAUUUUAUUUCAUCUUACAUGCAAGUAUUGGAGGUGGAUCUUGAUUGUCUAGAUUUUCUUGAUUGUUCGAGCAUCUCAUACCGACACAUGACAGCACUGAUUAUAGUCAGUGCUUUGCUUUGCAAGUUUCAUACAAUGGGUUUUCUGAACGAAUAAAUUCAAGUUUGACCAGCAACCCCAACAUUUUCCUGCCGCUGACAUUCCGACACUUUAUAGCAGAUGGGCAUGGAGGAAACAAACGGUGCUACUUCUACUACUUCUACUUCUGCACCUGCUAGUACUACCAAAGCAACGAUGAAGGUCUACAAGAUAGUAUUACUUGGACAGGGAGGUGUAGGGAAAAGUGCUUUGACACUUCAGUUUGUGACACACAGCUUCCUGGAGUACCAUGAUCCUACAAUAGAGGAUGCCUAUCUCCAGCAGGCGGUCAUCGAUGGGGAAGUGGGUCAACUGGACAUCCUAGAUACAGCUGGACAGGCUGAGUUCACAGCAAUGCGUGACCAGUACAUGAGGAGGGGCGAAGGAUUCAUCAUCUGUUAUUCUAUCACUGAUAGGAGAAGCUUCCAGGAGGCUGCAGAGUUUAAGAAAGACAUUGAAAGAGUCAGAAACACCGAGGAUAUACCCAUCGUCCUUGUCGGAAACAAGUAUGACCUCGAGCACUUGAGAGUGGUGCAACCUGAAGAAGGUCAUGCGUUGGCUCGAGAGUUCAACUGUCCCUUCUUUGAGACCUCUGCAGCUCUGAGGCACUUUGUGGACGACGUCUUCCACACGUUGGUCAGAGAGAUCAGGAAAAAGGAGCGAGCGGAGAUACAAGCGCAGGAGAAGCGAUCGAAGAGAAAGAGCCGCGGCAUGAGUCUGCACAAGAUAGCCAGGAGGGUGUUUAAGAAGCAACACAGUGAGUCGUCAUCAUCGUGAGCCAAAAAGUGACAGAGCAAAUUAAUCGGAGAUCAGAGACUCCCCCUCCCUGCUCCUCGCACGCUCUCUGUGUUAUGUGUGUGACUCAAGCUAGGGAGUGGCAACCUGCAAUGCGUCUGUGGUUUGUGUGUCAUCCCGAGUAAAUUAUUGAAUGGCUUCUUCUUCGUCCGUCGUGUGAGGGAUACGGCGCCCCCUAGAGGGAGGUGCAUCAUGGGAGACCUUGCAAAGAGGACAGACCCCCAUGAGGUCUGCCAUCCUGGUUAAUUAACUAGUGUGUGUGAAUGGUGAGGAGAGGCUCCACAAACACAAUCUGCUAGCUCCUCACGAUGGUUGUCUAUGCGUCAUUGAGAAUGGCAUGGAGCACGACACCUGUUGGACAGAUGGAACUGUAAAGGAAAAGAAGGGUCAAAAGGUCGCUGAAACACAUGAAUGUGAAGAGAGGACCAAACUAAUAACAAUAUGUAUGCUGCCAAGCUAUCUCCAAAGUUAUGGACUCUUGAAAAAUAUUGGGAAAAGAGCCAGAAUAGUUGAAGGUCGACAGGACUUUCAGUUUCUGAUGCUAAUGCUGCAAAGGUUAGGAACGAGAAAGCUGCUUCAGACUGCUUGAGGAAGUGAAUGCCUUGGAUGAUUUCCUUUUUAUAGAGUUUGAUGGAAAACACCAAAAGACAUUUGAUACAAGAAAUGAUGCAAAAACUGUGCAAAUGUGGACAGAUGAUGAAAUUUGAGUCAACCACUUAAUGUUUUUGCAUGUUAGAUGAAUUUUUGAAAUCUUCUUUGUUAUAUGUUUGUGUUUCUUUCUGUAGCCAUUCUCCCAGUGUGGUCUAAUGUUCAGAUUGUCUCUUGCAUGAAGUAAUGUGUCAUCUGUCUGUGUCUGUUUCUAGUGGUGUGUUUUUGUAAAUGUAUUGUAACUUUAUAAUAAAUGUGUCUCUAACAGUGAAUCGAGCUUUGAAGGGAAAGUGUACAUUUAGAUUUGGGAAAAUGGAAAUGAAAAUUAAACUGAUAUAUGUGCCAUACAAGUGAAUGCUUCAUAUUACUUGUCAGCAAGUAGUGAACUUUGGUUAAUGUUUCACCAGCCAAAUGGCUCAAGGACCUUCUACCUUAAUAAACAUGGUCCCUAUUUUAUAAGUUCAAUGAAUUUCCAAUUAUAUAAUUUACUAGCAAGAUUGUAGAAUGCUCUGAAAAUUGCAGAAUACUUGAGCAAUGUCAAUGAAAUGAAAAGAUUACCCGGUACCACAAAAAUUCUUGAAGAAUCAAGAAACUAAAUAAUGAAAAGAAAUUCAAGCAAGUAACCUUAAUCCGUUGCAUAACAAUGGUAUCAUUCGACCUUUGCUUUUCAGCGAGUAUGAUUUCCAGUAUAAAGUGUUCUUUAGUUGUUGUUUUUUGCAUACAUGUCUAAAUAAUGAAAUGUCAUAAUACACAGUUUACUCAAAAUCCAUUCAUGUCAGUUUCCCCUUCAAUUAAUUGCCGUCAUGAGAUUCUGUCACUAGAACUCCAAAUAAGGUUUAUAGGUCAGGGCCUAAUGGACAAUGCUUGAUGCCACUUUGAUUUCUUGAACAAACAGGUGGUAGAGCAGGAACACUCAUUCACUUAACUGCAGAAUCAUGGCACCCUGCUACGACACCCCACCCCCACACCCCACCCCCAGGAACCCAAACCAAUUAUCUCAUUAAUGCCAGUCAUUCCUCAUGUGGAGAAACGUGCUUUGUUUUGAUGACGAUGACAUUUCCAAUUAAGCCAAUCUGUUCCAUUCCAUCUGCAAAGACCAAUUUGACCUGUUGAGUGUUCACCAUAUCGUUUGUUCGGAGACAGAAGGACGUCAACUCUGUGGUAAAGUACAUGUAUGUGAGUUACAUGUACCUCCCUUCAGACUCCAAGCCAAGCAGACGAUACAUGUACAGCGUGUGUCACUUUGACUUGUGUCACGGUACUUGAUUUAGUCCUUGGUUGCUUUUAGAGUUACAUAACGAGUCAAAGUGAUGGAUAAUAAAAAGUCUUUAUUUUUACCCUUACAGGCAUUCCAGCCAUAGAAAUUGUUAAUUUACUAUUUCCAGGCACAUGUAAUAUUUUCAUUAUGAAUGAAUUAAUCCAGUGUGAAGGCUCCAGUAACUUAUAGGUCCCUUUACUAGUAGUAAGGGAACACUGUGGCUAGAGUGUCAAUUAAGAGAUUGAAGGUUCAAAACCUUGUCUAGUUUUCUCCCUCUUACCAGAGUAGUAAUUGAAUACUUGAUAAGGUUUUUAACUUUUUAUCAAAGAAUUAAUUUUGUGUUGAUAUUAUCACCUGCUAGAACCGAUGCCAGAGUGAUAAUGUACAUGGCACUCUAAAAACAUAUACUGAUUCAUAUGUGAUAUGUGCACCAUGUAUGAAAAACAGACAAUAAUGUUAUUCUUGAAGGUUGAGCACAUACAUGUAGUUAGCUUAAAUACUCUAAAAGUAAUGCAUUUAUACAAAUAUAUUUGUAUUUAUUUAAAGUAAGGAAAAAGGUCCUUAUAGAAUGGAAGUUGUCACUGAAUAACUGUGAAUAUCUUUAUAACCAGAUGGGAAUUUCCAAGAAGAGAAACGAUCUCAUUUCUCAGAUUUUACCCAUCUGUAAAGUAUAGAUUUUCAAUCUAAUUUUGCAUUUAUCUUUGUAUGUUCCAAUGUGUUUUCAACCCUAUAAGCCCAUAGACAAACAAAAAAUAUCACCUUGGAUAGCAACUGCUUGAAGAUUAAUUACUUGAUUUGCGGAUCUGAAUUCAAUCUGAUUGGGAUUUGUUGCUGUUGUGUGUGUACUAACAAAAAUGGGCACAAAGAAUUCAUAGUUUCUUGAAGUAAGAAGAUAAACCAUAGAUACAGCAGAUCGUUUCUUAAUCUAGUUUUUAUCAGGGUAUGUAAGCUAGAGCAGAUGAAGCGCAGGGAAAGUUCAUGAUAACAUCUACAUGAUGUAACUGUAAGACGUCUAAGAAGCUGUAAUGAGAACAUUAGAAAUUGACGUACAUUUACACAUCUAUGUAGAAUCUUGAUAAUCAACUCCAGUUUUCAAAAGCUCCCCCAAAGAGAUUAGUCACAGAGAUAAAUGACAUAUUAGGUUUGAAAAGUGACACCCAAAGAUAUGACACAGAUGUACACAUAGAUCAUGAAGACAUAUUGAAGAGAUAUACAUACAGUGUAGCUCAUAUCAAAAUCUAGUUUAUAAAGAAGCCCCUG